AUGAAUGGAAUGAACGCUGGCCAUAACAGACAGCCCAGCAGCCCUACGCUACCGCCAUCUGUACCAAAAGACGCGCCUUCCAUCACGAAGAACGACGACAUUAUGGGUGAGCUAGGGCUCGAGGAUCCAACAACCAACUAUAUGUCUCAAGCCGACUCGGCGGACUCUAUGCGAGCUUUUGAGGAUUACGGCAGAACCGACAGUGUAACACAAGAGAAGGGUUUUGAGCAUAAUGCGACACGCAAACGCUUCUCAGCGGACGAAUUGAGACGCUUUUCGAUAGACGAAUUGACUUCCUACGACCUACACCCGCCGGCACCCAAAUUUUCCGAUGCGAACGCAGAGUAUCUCGCAUCGCGACUUUUCUCAGCAGACCACCUUGACCUAAUACUGAAAGAUACCGAACAUUCCCGGCGCUUUCGUUCGUUCCUAGAAAGAUAUCACCCUCAGUUGGCUGCAACCCUUGUGCGCUAUCUAGAGUCACAGAAAGCUCUGGCAGCCAUCCGAUACGCAAAUGCUUUAGCUGAAGUGGUUUCUGCCACGCGACCUCCACAAUCGCAACAGCCAUCACGUUCAUCAUCUGUGAAGAGCAAUGCAGCGGUUGUAGAUACACACUUCCAAAGCUUCUCCCAAAAAGCUGUCGACGAAUUAGUGAACGAAGCAUUGCCCGCGUAUGUCACGUACCGGAUGAUUACAGUCGUGACCGAAUGCUUAGUGAAGGAUAUAACCGGGACUAGUUCACCGUUCAUGCGGGAUCUAGUUCAAGGUCUCGCGGAGGUCUUCUGCUUAAGCGAUCCAAACCAGCCUGACAACCCUCUCGUUUUCGCAUCUGAAGGUAUACCAAACCGCUUUGAAGCGUUUGUCAGACCGCUUACGUGGCAACACAGAAUUCUACAAUACCACACAGUACAAUCACGAUUAUGUCAUUGGGAAGAAUUGUAG